AUGAACAUAAUAGGCACUCUUGAUGAAAUAAGAGAAACCACGAGCUAUUUGAAAUCCGAAUUUGAGAUGAAAGAUCUUGGGAAAACUCGGUUUUGUCUAGGCCUUGAGCUAGAGCACCGAGCUUGUGGAAUUCUAAUCCAUCAGUCUGCAUAUGUCCAAAAGAUGCUCAGGCGAUUUAACAUGGACAAAGUGCACCCUGUUAGCACUCCCAUGAUCGGUCGAAGUUUGGAUGUAAAGAAAGAUCCGUUUCGCCCACUAGAAGAGGACGAAGAGGUAUUAGGAGCUGAAACUCCCUACCUAAGUGCAAUAGGCGCAUUAUUGUACUUGGCCCAAUGUACUCGACCAGAUAUUGCAUUCUCAGUGAACUUGUUAGCUAGAUUUAGCUCAGCACCUACGCAGCGUCAUUGGAGUGGUGUCAAGAACAUAUUUCGAUACCUAAAAGGAACCAUUGACUUGGGUUUAUUCUUUCCUUAUAGUAAGACAGGAGGAUCCGAGAAUGGAAUUGUAGUUCCUAAAGAAAAGGUCGAUGACAAAAUUACUAUCCCCUACUCUGAAACCCCAAAUAAUAUUUUGGUUGGUUUCGCUGAUGCUGGGUAUCUUUCUGACCCACAUAAAGGCCGUUCUCAAACUGGUUAUGUAUUCACUAUUGGAAAAACGGCAAUAUCUUGGAGAUCAACCAAGCAAACCCUUGUGGCUACCUCUUCGAACCACUCAGAGAUUAUCGCUCUACAUGAGGCGGUUCGUGAGUGCGUAAGGCUAAGCUUAUGA